UUUAUCUCGCCGCCCCUAGCAUCCCUCAAUCGACACCAUGGGACGCUUCGUCGACGUCGCCGAUCCUGUCCUCUUGACUCCUCCGCUGGACGGUGAGGACCUUCCCGCCGCCUGCGUGGGCGUCUCCUCGAACGAGCCGUCAAAGGCUCUCGGGGCUCUCUUCUACGAGCGCAAGAUGGGCGACACCGAGCUGUCGUACUACCUGCCAUCGCGCCAGUCAGGCGUCAACGACAUGUACUUGCACCUCGGCUUCAACGCUCCGGAUCACCUGGUGGGCCAUUCGAGGGUGCGGACGGUAUGGGCUAUCCUCCGCGCGCGGCAUCCGCUGCUGUCUGCGCAUGUCCAGAUGUACGAUUACGAUGACGUGCGCUUCGUCUACCGAGUCCCAGUCUCCCCAGAUGACGUCUUGAGGGAUGCCGAGACUAGCCUGGAGUAUCGCACGCAAUGCAAGGCUGAAUUGAUUGACUCCUACCUCAAUGGGCCCCGCACACUCUCGAACUCUCGCCUCUCGUAUCUCGUCAUUUCGCACGGGGAAGAGGAUCCGGCAACCAGCCUUCUCACACCUCCGCGUACUCCAUCGCCAUCAUACGAGAGCCUCAAGUCGACCGCUGCUCUUAACAAUGAGGACGGCCUUCCGCAUUCGCAAUUCGAUAUUCUGAUAUGUGCAAUGCACUUCAUCGGAGACGGCAUGGCCUUGCACACGUUCGCGAACGACUUCCUCGGCUUGCUGGGGAGCGAGAAGAGCGAUGCAGAACUCGAGGCAAUGUUGCACGCGGAGUGGACUGAACGAUGGCAAGACAGCCACCACGAUUCAUCGAUGUUACCGGCUGCUCUGGAAGACAACAUUCCCAUGACGUGGAGCAAGUUGCGCAGCGCUGCUGCUACUGUCGACUUCCAAAUGUCGCAACAGAAGCUUAUCGGAGGGCAAGCGUUCCCAAGACGCAAGCACCUAGAGCGCCGCACCAUCGUGCCGACGAUCUCCUUCCCUGAAGACCGGACGAAGGCUAUGCUCAAGAAGUGCAAGGCGAAAGGUGUUUCUAUCUCUGCUGCACUCUUUGCGAUUUGCAACGUUGCCUGGGCGCGAACGAGCGAUGGCUCCAAGGAGCUUCCCUCCCUCAUGUAUUCCGCGCUCAAUUUGCGGCCAUACUCCACCGUCAAGCGUCCGUCACUUCGGGACUCAUACUGGUUCCUCUCUAUCGGGUACUUUAACGUCAUCCUGCCCAGCUUUGUGUCAGAGGACCGCACACGCGCCGAGAUAACGUUCUGGCACCGAGCGCGCCAGGCCAAGGAGCAGAGCGCCCGUGCGGCGAAACAUCCCCUGCUGAUCUCGAGGACACAGGAGAUGGCGAAGGAGCGUGGUGCAAGGGCACGGGCAUGGGGAAAAGAAGACGAUGAGAAGGAGAAGGGUACCUGGACGCCUCCUACUCCGUCCGCUAACACCGAGCCUCCCAGGGAGCCUGUCCUGCCCGCUCGCGCCAAGGUGCCGUCGACCGCUCUCAUUGGCCUGUCGCUCCUGGGGAACCUGGACGGCAUGUACAAGCACGCGAAUUUCUCGCGCAUCAAGCUGCAUACACUCACUACCGGGUCGAGGCAGCGGCAAGGCGCUAUGCUGUUGUUCGGCUAUACCUUCGUCGGCAGGCUCUGGGUCAGCCUCGGUUACGACGAGAAUGGCUUUUCCGAAGGAGUCGUAGACAAGUUCUGGACCGAGUGCCUCCAGGCCAUCGAGGAGUUCCUCGGAUAAAGUCGUUAUGAAAGCGAGCGGACUUCUGUGAGCUCUUCAUGGGACUUUAGACAGUGCGCUACAGACCUUCGUACAUAACUGGUGGGACUAUCAUCAAGGGCUAUGUUGUGAUACUUUUAUGGACUUCGCAGUGUACUUUGUUUAUACUAGACUGUCAAGCUCUGCAAUUAAUAUUGCUAUCACUUC